ACUGAAUAUACCCCUUGAAAAAAUCUAAGAGUAUUUAUAUUUUUUGUGUAAUUUAUUUGUUUUAGUGAAAAAUAAUGUAAAGAAAAACUUUUAAAAAUAAGCGAAAUGUCUUCAAGGAAUUUGACAGAAGUUUUUAAUAUUAUGCGAAAUAAUGCUUCAAAAAACCAAACAUUAUAUUCAGACGACAGAAAUAAUGAUGCUGAUGCUGAGCUACUCCUUAGAAGAUCUGUACAUGAUGCUGAAGAGGGUUUAGAAUUACGUGAUGAAUACGGCUCCCAACCUACAUGGAUUGACAAAUUGGAAGAGGCUCAAUACAUUAUGUCAAAAAUAAAACCAAAAUUAGAUGAACUGGGUUCUCUUCAUGCGCGCCACUUGUUACGUCCAGCCUUUGAUGAGAGCAAAGAAGAUGAACUUGAAAUGGAGUCAUUGAGUCAAGAAAUUGCUAAAUUAAUUACUUCUACACACAGACACAUACAGUGUAUACGUUCCAGUUUGGGAGUGGGUGGCAAAUGGGAGCAACGUUUAACCGCCAAUGUUGUCACAUAUUUAAUGCUAAGUCUGCAAGAACUGACCACAAAGUUUCGUUUAAGUCAGAACUCCUACCUCAGGCAAUUGAAUUCACGGGAGGAACGUUCACAAAAGUUCUUUGAUGAUUUCACAAACCCCAACGACAUGGAAAGAGAGAAUUAUGUGGACUCGUUCGAUAACUUUUUACAACCAGCAUCUUCUGGUGCCAAUAAAUAUAAUUUUUACGAUGACGAUGAAUUGAAGCAAAACGAAUUAGAUGAGAACUUUCAACGACCUACGGGAAAUCGUUUGACUCAACAACAGCUUUUACUGUUCGAAGAGGAAAACACUCGUUUAGCUUUGCGUAGAGAUGAAGAGGUUUCUAAGGUUGUCAAGACAAUUUACGAUUUAAAUGACAUUUUUAAGGAUCUUAGCCAAAUGGUGCAAGAACAAGGCACCAUACUUGAUCGCAUAGAUUAUUCUAUUGAACAGACCCAGUCUCGUGUUUCUGAAGGUUUGCGACAAUUACAAAGAGCUGAAAUGUAUCAACGUAAAAAUCGUAAAAUGUGUGCAAUUUUGGUUUUGGCUGGCAUAACAUUGUUCAUGCUUAUUUUGCUUAUAUUCACAAAAUUAUAGAUGAAUAAUAAUCAUUACGCUGGAAUUGGUGAACAUUAUAAAAAUAUUCCAUAUCUUGUUUCAUUAUCUGUA